AUGCCUUUUGACGCCCUGGUCACCGAGAAUGGCGUGGUGGCACAGAAACUUCUCAAGCAGAACACGGAUACAUCGAAGACUUACGACGUGAUUGUCAUUGGAUCUGGUAUGGGCGGAGGCGUGCUCGCCAGCGCCCUCGCCGACAAAGGAAAAAAGGUUCUUGUUCUGGAAGCAGGCUCUUUGUUAUUUCAUACUCAUGUGGGAAACAUUCCGCGACGUUUUGCGAUAGGCAAAUUCCAGAAGCAUAUAUGGUCGCUGUGGGAAACAUUCAAAGUCAUCAAUUACAACCAGGCAGGCUCAAACUACAAAGGAGCGCAGGCCUUUAACCUCGGAGGCAGGUCCAUCUUCUGGGGGAGUUCCAUCCCAGAACUUGCGUCGUGGGAACUUGCGUCACCGUGGCCGGCGGUCGUGAAGGACUAUCUGCUUACGCCAGGACUGGAUGGGAAGACGGGGUAUGAAAAAGCACGUCGGGUCUUCAAUGCAGAUGAUCCUGGUCCCACCGCUUUCCAGACCGAAGCCAAAGCUAUCCUGGAUAGAGUGGUUACGGGCUGGCAUUCUAGCAAUGCUCCCGUUGCAGUCGAAUAUGUAGGCGCGACCAACUGGUCAGUCCCCGCCGGCAUCUUCUCCACAGCGGACCUGCUCCUUGAGGACGUUCUGGUCGAGACACCUGCCACGCGUCAUGUGGUGACUGUCAACCUCAACCAUGCAGUCUGGAAUGUAGAGAGGGAUCCCGCGAAUAGCAGGAAGGUCACGGGGGUCAAAUGCUAUGAUCUACUCGCCAACCAAGAACGAACUUACAAAGCCAAACAGGUGGUUAUCUGCGCAGGCACGAUUGAAUCCACCAAGAUAGCGCUCAAGUCCAAUCUUCCUGAUCCAAACCACAAAAUCGGCAAAGGAAUCACCGACCAUGCAAUCCUCUACCGUCAUUUUGUGAUUCCAAAAUCUUUCUGGCCACCGACAUCGCCAAGUCCGUUCAGCGGGCCCCUUUCCGAGCCCCGGUCCGCGAAAGUUCUCCUAACGCAUCCUGGGGCGACGGAAACCCAAUAUGCUUUCGACAUCAUCGUCGAGCUAGGAGCUCAAUUCAACCAGGGCCGUUACGUUGAUCCGGACCACUUGGCCGCAGACACGACUCUGUCGAACGGCGGCCUCCUCUGCGAAAUCGUCUUCCAGUUCUACGCUCCUCUAAACGACAACAACAAAGUCGAACGUGACAGUGCGGAUCCUGAGAAUCCUGCAAAAAGGGUCAACGUUACCAUCCAUGCGGCGACAGUGCCCGACCCCCUCCUGAUCGAGGCCAAAAAAAUUGCCAAAGACGUCCUCACAGAGUUUCAGGCUGUGAAGGUGGAGGGUGAACAAGACUUAUACGACUCCCAUGGCAACGUCAUUCUUGAAACGGCUUCUAUCGGGGGAGUAGCUCACGAAGUAGGCACUCUCCGCAUGUCUAGUGACGGUUCCGGCGUGGUAGACGAGAACUUGAAGUUCCACGAAUGCGACAACCUCUAUGCCUGUGACAACUCGGUCUUUCCAGCGUCGCCCGCCGGAAACCCAAGCCUGACCCUUUGCGCGCUUGCCCUGCGUCUGGCUGAUCGUCUGGGUAGUUGA